AUGGCAUCUACUCAGUACACUGCCUUAUGUCGAGAGCUUUAUGCAGAGUUCGUUGGCAAGUUUGAGCGCAGCCAAGAAGAAGCAAGUCGAUUUGCCGCCAGAGGAACAGCACGAGAAGUCUUGAGUCGCAAAAAGUUGAUCCGCAUUUUUCGAUGCCUCACAUCACCAGACGUCAACAAAUACAGACCGCCCCGAAUGGACGCGGAGACUCUGGCUGAUAAGUUGAGUGAAAAGAUUCUUCACGAUUUUCUUGCUGUUUUAAUAUUUUCCACAACUGAGAUACAUCCGGCUCAAACUUUCAUGACGAAACUGCUCAUCGAAGAGUCAUUAGCAGCAGAAAGUUGCUCGCUUCCUUCAGCCCGACCAUUUUUAAUGAAGCUCUUCGAGGAGGAUGUCACGCCUGAUCGCUUCUUGGCCCAACAGGCCAUAUUUUGCCCUGUUACCAUACUGAGAAGACGAGAGAUUUUGGUGGAAAGCAAAGAGCAGCGUCUCCCUUAUAUAGACGAAAAGCAGGUGGGAAAAGGUGCCUCUGGAAAAGUUUAUAGAGUGAUAAUUGCAAAGGGCCAUGUUUGGGAUCCCGACUCAGAGUAUAAGUCAUUGAACGCCGAACCGUUGGAAGUCGCACGAAAAGACUGCGUCAUUGAAGAGGACCCUAAAUCGAAGUCGACACAAUCAGAUCGUACAAUCAUGAAGCUCAUUCUCUCACUCCCAAAGAAGUGCGACAAUAUUAUCGAAAGUAUUGGUGCUAUACUUCUAGAUUCCUCAACGUGGUGCCUUUUUAUGCCCCUUGCUAUCUGUGACCUGGGUGCUUAUAUGACCGAGUAUCAUAAGAUGAGCCCCGGCACCACUAUGGAUAAAGUGGAGAUUGUGAAAAAUGCAAAAGGGUUGGUAGGUGGUCUGGUAUUCCUUCAUACUGAAAUGAAAGCGAAUGGAAACGAUUUGGUGCUUUACCACAUGGAUCUCAAACCUGCCAAUAUUCUCAUAUUUCGAAGACAAAACCAGGAUGCAGACCAGACCGAAGGCGAAUAUAUCUGGAAAAUCAGCGACUUCGGAAUGUCGAAGGUUAAGGUGGUUAAGCGUGAACGAGAGAGCAAGAGUGAGACGAACGCACAGAACUUGUUUGCGCGAUGGGCAAGGCAUGAGCCUCAAAAAUGGCCAGUAUCAGCUACCAAAAACGAAAGACUUGAAGGUACGUAUCUCGCACCGGAGUCCUUGAGCUAUACCAAGAGCAUGACCCAGGAAAGUGACGUAUGGUCUCUUGGUUGCGUUAUCAGUGUGGUAUUCGCAUAUCUGGAGGAAGGUGGGGAAGGUGUCAAGGAAUAUGCGCGUGCCAGGAACAGGUAUCCCAAGUCUGAAGGCUAUGAUCGCUUUUUUCUUCCCCAGAGGACCAUGGUUCGCUCAAAGCCCCAUCAUCCAUCGGUUUUGUUGUGGCACAAAAAUUUGAUUGACAAGGCAUACUCACGCAAUGUUUGCGAGGGAAAUGCAGUGAAGUUUAUGUUGAGAUUUUUGGAGAGGGAAGUCCUCCAAGAUCAAAAAAUUAGAUGUAACGCCAAAACUCUAGAGCAGACGUUAGAGGAGACAUGUGAAAAAUAUGAACAGGUGGCUGUAAAUACCCCAAAAGAGGGAGAAAAACUGAGGCAACUAUUUGGGGGCAUUGAUCUUCGUCGGCAUUUCAGCCGGACACAUGAACCUAAAUUCCCACAUGAACUCAAUCGACUAAUCGUCGCUGGUACAGAAUCAUAUAAAGGGUGUGAUAUAUCGCCGGAUGGUUCUGUCAUUGCUUUUUGGACAGACAACAAGAUCUUGGUUUACACGUCCCAAUCUCUGAAUGGCUCCGAAGUAACGCCGGUCGCGUCAUGGGAGCUGAAGGGUGACAUUCGAACCCGAAUUUUGAAAAGGAGUUACAACUUGAUUGAUCACAGCCAUCUGUCUGAGAUCACAAAUCUGGCCAUAUCUCCGAACAGCAAGACGAUAGCGUUUAUCUUACGAGGUAAUAUGGAAGAUGACGAGGAAUCGCGCUCUAGAUUGCUUUAUCGUGCCUCAGUCAAAUCACCUAAACUCUGUGAAGAGCUGCGAAACAUAGGUUUACCGAUGACUGAUAUUGUUCAACUGUCAUUCUCUACAGACGAUGAUUUCUACUAUGUCGUGGAGCCCAGUGAUACUGACGACCGUCGCAACUAUUGCGUGUCCGUAUUCCACAUCUCGUUGGGGAACAUGUCUCUGCAAGAAUUGGUGUUUGAAUCGCCUCUUCUCCCCUUUCUAUCAGUAUCCCAACGCCUGCGUACUAGUGACGAGCGAAAGAAAGCUCCAUAUUCAAAACUUUAUCGAGAAACAGCAACCCAGCACAACGACACCUAG